GCCAUCCACGCCGGGCAGGAGCCCGAGCAGUGGCGCUCGGGCGCCGUGGUGCCGCCGCUCUCGCUCUCCACCACCUUCAAGCAGCGGGCCCCGGGGCAGCACGCGGGUUUUGAAUAUAGCCGGAGUGGAAAUCCUACUCGGAAUUGCCUGGAGAAGGCUGUAGCAGCACUAGAUGGAGCUAAAUACUGUUUAGCUUAUGCUUCUGGCUUGGCUGCUACUGUCAAUAUUAUUCACCUGUUAAAGGCAGGGGAUACAAUUAUCUGCAUGGAUGAUGUCUACGGAGGGACAAACAGGUAUUUCAGGAAAAUAGCCAUGAAAAUGGGUUUGAAUGUCAUUUUUGUUGACUGUACAAAAUUGGAAUGCGUGGAAGCUUCAAUUACACCAGAAACCAAGCUUGUUUGGAUUGAAACGCCUACAAACCCCACACUGAAGGUCAUUGAUAUUCAAGGCUGUGCAGAUGUAGUACAUAAGCAUAAAGAUGUCCUUCUAGUAGUAGACAACACUUUUAUGUCUGCAUAUUUCCAGCGUCCUUUAUCUUUGGGGGCCGAUAUUUGUAUGUAUUCUGCAACCAAAUACAUGAAUGGACACAGCGAUGUUGUAAUGGGACUUGUUUCAGUAAAUUGUGAUGAUCUCUAUGAAAGGCUCAAAUUCUUACAAAACUCUCUUGGAGCGAUUCCAUCUCCUUUUGACUGUUAUCUAUGCAAUCGUGGUUUGAAGACACUGCAAAUCCGGAUGAAGCAACAUUUCCACAAUGCUUUGGCUGUUGCUCGAUUUCUUGAGUCAGACUCCCGGGUGGAAAAAGUCCUUUUCCCUGGAUUGCCUUCACACCCUCAGCAUGAGUUGAUCAAGCGGCAGUGUACUGGCUGUCCUGGGAUGGUAACCUUUUAUAUUAAAGGAAAUCUUGAAACUGCAGUUACCUUUCUCAAGAAUUUGAAGCUUUUUGCACUGGCUGAGAGUCUGGGAGGAUAUGAAAGCCUUGCAGAGCAUCCGGCCAUCAUGACUCACUCUUCAGUGCCUAAAGAAGAUAGAGAGGCUCUUGGAAUCAGUGAUACAUUAAUUCGUCUAUCAGUUGGUUUGGAAGAUGAAGAAGAUUUACUGGAAGACCUAGAUCAAGCUCUGAAAGCUGCAUUUCCAGAGAAUAAGGCUUUCAACUAACAUCUAAAUCCUGAAUUUGGAAGUUGAACGUUAAACAGCUAAAGAAGAUGACACGAAAAGUCAAACUGCUAAUAGUAUUCCUUGGAUUUGCCUUUGCGAAUUGAAAUCUGUUCAAUCAAACUCUAGAUUCCUGGGGAGUUUUCCCUUUGUGCUACUAUGUUCAUUCUGUUGAUGUCUGUCUGUAUGUGGGUUACACACUAUUGCACAAACCUUAUGCUCUCUUGUGUGUCCAUUUCUGGUUGUAUUAUAAUCCUGGUCACUGGAAUUUAAGCGGUCGAUUUGUGUUUGAGAGAAGCUGUGAUAUAUACUCAGGAAUAUUAUGGCCAGUUCUCUCAGUGGAAAUUAACGUUUCUCAUUUGCCAUGCUAAUGCUAAGAGGAUGUUAUGUCACUAGGGUUUGUUUCUGUUAAUUAAUUUUUCACACCUCUUCAAAUCCAACAGUAUGUCUUGAAUACCGUUGAUAUAAUUUAGAUUUUUUACUGAGACUAGGAAUUUUCCCACCCUUUGAAAUUUUGUGGAGUACUGAAAAUGAAGCAAAAUCCAGUAUCUGAUACAUAACGGUAACUUUGUAGAGAUGUAUCUUUGGCUUUUAAAAAAAUCACUUAACUCUAUUAAUGAUUUGGUUUGUAUUUGGAAUUGGAAUUGGUUAAUUAAAAGACACUUUGCAUUUCUC